CAGAGACACUUGACCCUGAAUAUGCUAACAUAUAAGGUUCGUACCGCUUGCGAGCUGCUCCACUUGUCAUGUGUAUUCAAUCUGUCGACCACGCUUGCUGUCCAGGCAGAAGGAUAACGCACAUGCUGUAAGUCUAUAAGUCUCCUCGAAUUUUCAUACUCUCUUUGGAUGCAUUGUAGAGACAUAACUGGCGGAAAGACUUCUACUGCUCCUCAAGCCCUCUUUGACACUUGCCCCGGGGACCGAAUAGAUCGUCCAUUUACUCCAACAAGGACCCAAUCUCUGAAAUUUCCCCUCGAUCAGCUCUCGCGACUAUGCUUUUCACGCGAGAUGAUGCGGGCGACAGUAGCAACACCUUCGUCUUUUACCGAUACUUACCCUCGGUUGCUGCAGCCGCCAUCUUCACCGUACUCUUCGGCUUCACCACCGUCUUUCAUGCGUACCAACUCAUACGUUCGAGGACUUGGUUCAUGAUUCCCUUCCUCAUUGGCGGUAUAUUUGAAACGAUCGGCUACAUAGGCCGCAUACUGUCUGCCCAACAGAAUCCGGGUCCCUACACGCUCGGUCCAUUCAUCCUCCAAACCGUCCUUCUCCUCGUCGCACCCGCCCUCCUCGCCGCAAGCAUAUACAUGCAGCUCAGCCGCGUCGUGCAGCUCCUAGACGCCGAUCAAGCGCUCUUCAUCCGCCGCACCUGGCUCACGAAGCUUUUCGUCACUGGGGACGUGCUCAGCUUCCUGCUGCAGGCUGCUGGAGCCGGCCUUCUAUCUUCUGGCGACGGGGCCAACACGAAUACCGGCAAGGCCGUGAUCGUGGUUGGUCUGAUUUUGCAAGUCAUUUACUUCGGCCUCUUCGUGCUCGCAGCUGCCAUCUUCAAUGUGAGAGUCAGUCGGCACCCUCCGCCGAGAUGCGCAGUUGUGCCUUGGUGGAAGAAGCACAUGUUUGUGCUCUACCUCGUGUCGGUACUCAUAUUUAUCCGAAGCAUUGUGCGAACCGUCGAAUAUAUCGAAGGAUACACCGGCUAUGUGAUGACGCACGAAGCGUUCCUGUACGUUUUCGAUGCACUGGUCAUGUUCGCGGCGAUGGUGGCAAUGAACGUGGUCCACCCGGGAGAGGUAGCGAAAGAGUUGAGGGGAGGUUUUAGGGCUGGUGGAGCCGGUGGCAUAGAGCUGAAGAAUGGGGCGAGAAGUCAUGUAAGACCGUGGGUGUAAAGGCUGGACAGAGACCAUCAAGGUUUCGGAUGGCAUGAGGAGCAGCGGCGCAGACUUAUUGAACGGCAGGAUCGGGAUCACAUUGCGGUAGGAGUAUUCGGGGCUGUAUAUACAUAGACAUGGGACGGUAUCCGGAGCGUUGACUACCUCCAAGCGGUAGUGAUUGCGUUGCCUUCUGCAGCGUUUCGUAUCAAGUUUAGAUUUUGCUUGGCAUUUCAGCGGACCUCAGAU